AUGGGAGCAUCAAACUCUACCAGUACCCUGUCCUCCACUUUCUUUUUCACAGGGAUCCCUGGCUAUGAAGAAUUCCACCAUUGGAUUUCCAUCCCCUUCUGCCUCUUCCACCUUGUUGGAAUAACAGGCAACUGCAUCAUCCUGCAUAUUGUCCGGACAGAUCCCAGGCUCCAUGAGCCCAUGUAUUACUUCCUGGCCAUGCUCUCCCUCAGUGACAUGGGCAUGUCCCUGCCCACAAUGAUAUCACUCUUAAGGGUGUUGUGGUCCAUUUCCAAGGAGAUCCCGUUCAAUAUCUGUGUCAUCCAAAUGUUUUUGAUUCAUACUUUCUCCUUCACUGAAUCAUCUGUGCUCUUGGCCAUGGCCCUUGACCGGUAUGUAGCUAUCUGUCACCCCCUGCAAUAUGCUACUAUUCUCACCCCAAAGCUUAUUGCCAAGAUUGGAAUUGCAGCCCUGCUCAGAAGUGCUCUUCCACUCAUUCCACUUCUGACCCGUUUGGCCUUCUUUCCCUUCUGCCACUCCCAUGUUCUUUCUCAUUCCUACUGUCUGCACCAGGACAUCAUCCGCCUCGCCUGUGCUGACACCAAGUUUAAUGUCAUAUAUGGGUUGGUUGUGAUUACCAUGCUGUGGGGCAUGGACUCUCUGGGUAUUUUAGUUUCUUAUGUCUUCAUCCUUCAUUCAGUGUUGAGGAUUGCAUCCCAUGAGGGGAGGCUUAAGGCUCUUAACACGUGUGCGUCCCACAUCUGUGCUGUGCUCAUUCUCUAUGUGCCCAUGAUAGGCUUAUCUAUUGUCCAUCGUUUUGCCAAACAUUCCUCUCCCUUCACACACAUCUUUAUGGCGCAUAUCUACUUAAUGGUCCCACCUGUGCUCAACCCAAUCAUCUACAGUGUAAAAACCAAACAGAUCCGCCAAGGAGUCCUCCAUUUGAUUCUCCCCCACAAAAUCUUUUCUUCAAUGUAG